ACACACACACACACACACACACACACACACACACACAGACACACACACACACGAGCUGAAAGAGUGCGGCAGCGGAGAGAGGAUGGGAAGAAAAGGAGCCUGCUGAGUGUCGCCAUGGUGUGGUGGAGCCCUCUGUCCCUGCUGAGGGAGGCCCUCAGAGGUCAAAGGGCCCGGCAGCAGGACCUCCGCCACUUGGUGUCUAAUCUUCCCUACGAGGGCCUGGAGAAGAGGAAGCAGCCCAACCGCUACUUGCCGGGAAACGCCAUCAAGACCACCAAGUACACCCUGCUCUUCUUCAUCCCCAUGAACCUCUACGAGCAGUUCCACCGCCUGGCCAACAUCUACUUCGUGGGCCUGGCUAUCCUCAACUUUGUCCCCGUGGUGAACGCCUUCCAGCCCGAGGUGGCUCUCAUCCCCAUCUGCGUCAUCCUGUCCCUCACCGCCCUCAAAGACGCCUGGGAGGACUUCAGGAGGUACCAGUCGGACAAGAAGCUCAAUAACAUGCCGUGCCUGGUCUACAGCAGGAAAGACAAGCAGUUUAUGGAGCGAUGUUGGAAAGACGUGCGAGUGGGUGAUUUCGUGAAGGUGCUCUGCAACGAGAUCGUCCCUGCAGACCUUCUGCUCCUGUACUCUUCAGACACCAACAACGUGUGUCACAUAGAGACAGCCAAUCUGGAUGGAGAAAUCAACCUUAAGGAGAGGAGGGCCGUGGCUGGUGUGUGCAUCACGGAGCCUGACUUUGAACCUGAAAGUUUCAACAGCAUUGUGGUGUGUGAAAAGCCCAAUAACAAUCUCAACCAUUUCAAGUGUUAUGUGGAGAAAGCAGAUAAAGAAAAGGUGGGUGCUGGAAUUGAGAGUCUGCUGCCUCGAGGCUGUACUGUCAGAAAUACAGACCAUGCUGUUGGCUUUGUGGUGUAUGCAGGCCAUGAAACCAAGUCCAUGCUCAACAACAACGGACCAAGAUACAAGCGCAGCAAACUAGAGCGGAAACUGAACGUGGACGUCAUCUUUUGCGUCAUUCUCCUCCUCGCCAUGUGCCUGGUCGGAGCACUAGGUCACUACUAUUGGCGGCAGACGCUACCUGGCGUGCCCCCUUACCUGGUUCCUGACAGCAAUGGUCACCUGGACGGUCCCGGUCUGUCUGCCUUCUACAUGUUUUUCAGCAUGAUCAUUCUGCUCCAGGUCCUGAUACCCAUUUCGCUCUAUGUUUCCAUCGAGUUGGUGAAGAUUGGCCAGAUCUUCUUCAUUAUGAAUGACAUAGAUCUUUAUGAUGAGGAGGCCGACAGCCGCAUACAAUGUAAAGCCUUGAACAUUACCGAGGACCUGGGUCAGAUUGAGUACAUCUUCUCAGACAAGACAGGAACGCUCACAGAGAACAAGAUGGUGUUUCGACGUUGCUCCAUCAUGGCCACAGAGUACCCACACAAAGAGAACGCCAUCCGUUUGGCAGUUAUUGAUGAUCCGGAUACAGAAGAGGAGGUCAUCUUUAACCAGCAGCCACAGCCCCCACAGCCUGGAUGGUCUGUGGCCGCUGAGGACAGCAGCCCUAAAGGGAGACAACAUCAGCAUGGAAGCAGACACAAGAGCAAGUUCGCAGUAAACGCCCAGAGCAACGUGGCCUUCAGCAGUCCGCUGGAAACUGAGGUGAUUCCAGACAGGAAGCUGCUUCGGCGGGUCAACAUCGCCGAGCGAAGCAGCAGAAGCCAGAAGAUAGAUCCAUACCUGGAGUUUUUUCUGGCUCUCGCCAUUUGCAACACUGUGGUGGUUUCCAUGGCAACAGGUCGGAGACGUAGGACACAUGAGUAUACAAGUUCCGUCCAGUCAUCGAAUCCACUGGACAACUUCUCCAACCUUUUGAAGAGAGCGGGUUCAGUUCGCAACAUAUUUGCCUCUAAAGCCAAAAAGGAUCGAACCUUCUCGGACAACUCUUUUAAAGAAGAAGAUAGUUUUAACCCCUCCCCAAAAGUGAACGAUUCGGGAGUUUUCACCUCAUGUGUUAGUGAGCAGCCCAGCACGGUGUGCUAUGAGGCAGAAAGUCCAGACGAGGCAGCUUUGGUGUAUGCCGCCAAAGCGUAUGGCUUCACUCUGCUGAGCCGCACCCCCGACAGUGUGACUGUGAGGCUGCCGUCUGGCCAGAACCUGGUUUUUGAGGUUCUCGACACGUUGUCCUUUGACUACAACAGGAAGAGGAUGUCUGUUCUUGUGCGACACCCCAUCACCAAGGAGUUUGUGCUGUACUCCAAAGGUGCAGACUACGCUAUCAUGGAGCUGCUUGGUGCACCAUAUGCUGAGCAUCUCAGUGGAAAGCAGAGGGAUAUUGUUGCAGAUACCCAAUAUCACCUUGACUGUUAUGGUAAAGAGGGCCUGCGUACGCUUUGCUUCACGAAGAAGGUCGUGAGCGCCAAAGACUACGAAAACUGGCGCGUGAGCAGACUGAAAGCUAAGGCUGCCAUCGACGGCAGAGAGCAGCUCAUUACGGACACCGCUGUGCAGCUGGAGACAAACCUCACCCUGCUGGGGGCGACAGGCAUUGAGGACCGUCUACAGGAGAACGUUCCAGAAACCAUCGUGGCACUGCGGGAAGCGGGAAUCAAGGUGUGGGUACUGACUGGAGACAAGCCGGAGACAGCUGUCAACAUCGGCUAUGCCUGCAGGCUGCUAGAAGACGAAGACCUGGUGAUUAACAUGAGCUGCAAAAACAAGAUCGCAUGCACUUCUAUCCUGGACUGCACUCUAGAGGAGGUGAGGAGGUACGAAAAGGACCCUCGUAACGUGGACACAACCCCAGACAUCUCUCUGGUGGUGGAUGGACGUACCCUGGCCAUGGUUCUGUCGCCGGAUCUGCAGGGCCGAUUUGUGGAGUUGGCAAAGCGGUGCCGCUCUGUGCUCUGCUGCCGAGUUACGCCCUUGCAGAAGAGCGCAGUGGUGAAGGUCAUCAGGGAGACUCUCGGGGUGAUGGCGCUUGCCGUCGGUGACGGAGCCAAUGAUGUUAACAUGAUCCAAGCAGCCGAUAUCGGGAUCGGCAUAUCCGGUCAGGAAGGAAUGCAGGCAGUCAUGGCAAGUGAUUUUGCAAUAUCUCGCUUCAAACACCUGAACAAGCUCCUGCUGGUUCAUGGACACUGGUGCUACACUCGCCUGGCCAACAUGAUCAUUUACUUCUUCUUUAAAAAUUUGGCCAAUGUCAACAUUCUCUUCUGGUAUCAGUUCUACUCUGGUUUCACAGCGGCCACCAUGACAGACUACUGGCUGCUGAUUUUCUUCAACCUCUUCUUCACCUCAGUACCCCCCAUCAUGUUUGGGAUCAUGGACAAAGAUGUUUCGGCAGAGGUGCUGCUCGGUGUCCCUGAGCUGUACAGGACUGGACAAGGUGCUGGGGUCUAUCGAUUUUCCACUUUCUGGAUUAACAUGCUUGAUGGCUUCUAUCAGAGUCUCAUUUGCUUCUUCAUUCCAUACUUGGCUUACCAGGGUUCGGACAUUGACGUGUUUACCUUUGGAACUCCUUUGAACGCGGUUUCCUUCUUUACCAUCAUCCUGCAUCUUUCGAUAGAGAUCAAAGCCUGGACAUUUGUCCACUGGAUCACCAUGCUGGGCAGUGUUGCGGUCUACCUCAUCAUAACGUUGCUGUUCACCUCUUGUGUUACUUGCAACUCGUACUGGACCCUGCAGAAUCAAAUGAUAGACCCUGUUUUCUACCUUGUCUGCAUCCUCACCGCUGUGGUGGCCCUGCUGCCCAGGUAUGUGUUUCACGUGCUGAGGAACUCUAUCGCCCCCACCCCGAUUGUGCAAGCCAGGCAUCUGGACCAACUGGAUCCCUCCACCAGAGACGAGUGGAUCAAAGAGUGGAGGGGCUUCAGGGGCGGAGGGGCGGUCAAAGUCUCCAAACUGUCCACGCCGCCUUCGCCCGUCCUGGACACGACUCCCCAGUCCCCAAGCAACUCCGAUUUUUUAGGGAAUGAAAUCACACUUGAAUCCAUGCACAUGUGACAAGCGACUGCACAGAUUAUACAAUGAAGAUCAUUUAUUCAGAAGUGGCUCAUCGGGGGACAUGCGGACCAAGCGACUGGCCUGCUUUUCACGUCGUCAGCAGGUAGACAAACACUCACUCAGUCUCACGUGUGAAAUAUCAUGCAUUGACCAAAGAAAGCUUGUUGAACCGUUCUCUUUUAUUCGUAAGCUGUCACAGUGAACACAUAAGCCUGUUACUGUACAUUCCUGAUGGGAUUUCAGGGCACACAGUGGAAAUUCUGUGAAGGAAUGAAUAGGCCGGUCCUGCCACGACUCUCCUAAUGUUUUCAACAUUUUGUGUGACGGUAACAACUGUUGUGCUCUUCAAAUGCAGUUAAGAAAAGGUUACUUUUCUUACCACAUGAAAGGGAUUAUGGAAAUUCAAUGCUUUAGCUCAAUCCUCUUGUAAAAAAAAAAGGAGGGGGAGUUGAUUUAUCAUUGGCAUACUUCAUUAUAUAGCAGCAGUGCCAGUUAUAUAAUGUCCCACAAGCUGCUGUUUGUUCACUGCUGCGCUCUAGUGGUGGAUGUCAGCAACUGCAGAAACCUCAAAAAGAAUAGGUCAAGAAAAUAUGAAAUAAUGUUGCUGGUCAAGAAAGGCCUGAAAUGUAUUGGAAACAUUUAGAUGCAUCACACAGUCCCCAGAUAUCAUGCUGUCAGAUUUGUUUCUUUUUUAAUUGACAUUUUUAGGGCCCGGGCAGCAUGGUGGGUUAGUGUGUGUGCCUUACAAUACAACAAAGGUCCUGAGUUCCAUCCUGCAUUCGGGAUCUUUCUGUGUGAGGUAUGCAUGUCCUCCCUCUGACUGUGUGUUCCCUCCAAGUACACCGGCUUCCUCCCACCUCCAAAGACAUGCACCUGGGGAUAGGCCCCUCCCACCUCCAAAGACAUGCACCUGGGGAUAGGCCCCUCCCACCUCCAAAGACAUGCACCUGGGGAUAGGCCCCUCCCACCUCCAAAGACAUGCACCUGGGGAUAGGCCCCUCCCACCUCCAAAGACAUGCACCUGGGGAUAGGCCCCUCCCACCUCCAAAGACAUGCACCUGGGGAUAGGCCCCUCCCACCUCCAAAGACCUGCACCUGGGGAUAGGUUGAUUGGCUAUAGCAGGCUUGUCCAAACUGUGGCCUGAGGGCCAUUUGUGGCUCCCAGCUAAUUUGUUAAUGGCCCUCAGCCCAUUCUAAAAAAUACUAUAAUAAAAAUAUAAAACAUAGAGUGUAAUAAAAGAGUAAACAGUGACAUGUAACAAGAAAAAGUUGCAAUGUUGACACUAAUAACACAAAGCUGCCAGGCGGACUUUUGUUGACCUGCUGAAGGCUCCAAUUACUUCACUGGAACAAUUUCACUUUCAAAUAUUUGGGGGGAUAAUAUUGCAUAUUUUGUGCGAAACAACGUUUUCUUUCACAAAAAGGGCAUCAAACAAACAAGAAAGUAUGAGAAAAAUGAUAAAAUCUUAUAAUCAAGAGAUCUACAGACUUAAGCAUUAAAAGUAUACACAUAUAAAUAUACAUUUGGCUUAUUUUCCACACGUAUUCUUUUUUUAUUGUUAUGAAUUUUUGACCUAUUUAGGGUUCCAAUUACUUCACGUCAAAUAUUCCACUUUGAAAUAUUUUGGGGGAAAAUGUUGCAUAGUUUGUGUGUUUGCCAUAUAAAUAAGGGUUUUGACAUAAAGGCCAUAAACAUAAAAAACUAAAUUUGAAAUAAAUGUAUAACGACAGACAGACGUGAAGUUGAUCUCGAGAUUCAAGGGUUAAAUGAAAAAAAUAAUAAUUUAUGACUCCAUCCAUUCCAUCCAUUUUCCACCGCUUAUUCCCUUUCGGGGUCGCGGGGGGCGCUGGCGCCUAUCUCUGCUACAAUCGGGCAGAAGGCAGGGUACACCCUGGACAAGUCGUCACCUCAUCGCAGGGCCAACACAGAUAGACAGACAACAUUCACACACUAGGGACCAUUUAGUGUUGCCAAUCAACCUAUCCCCAGGUGCAUGUCUUUGGAGGUGGGAGGGGCCUAUCCCCAGGUGCAUGUCUUUGGAGGUGGGAGGGGCCUAUCCCCAGGUGCAUGUCUUUGGAAGUGGGAGGAAGCCGGAGUACCCGGAGGGAACCCACGCAUUCACGGGGAGAACAUGCAAACUCCACACAGAAAGAUCCCGAGCCUGGAUUUGAACCCAGGAUUGCAGGAACUUCGUAUUGUGAGGCAGACGCACUAACCCCUCUGCCACCGUGAAGCCUAUUUAUGACUCAUUUCUAAUAUUUUUAUGACUUUGGGAGACCGGGGACCAAACUUGAGGAAAGCCAUGAAGGUAAAAAAAACAACAACUAUUGUAUUGCUUUUAAAAAAAGAAAAAUAUCAAAAUGGUCCCCGCAUACUUCGAUUUUUCAGUCUGCGGCCCUCAGUGGAAAAAGUUUGGACACCCCUGUGCUAUAGUAAAUGGUCCCUAGUGUGUGAAUAUUGUCUGUCUAUUUGUGUUGGCCCUGUGAUGAGGUGGAGACUUGUCCGCCUGUGUGCAGCUGGAAUAGGCUCCAGCACCCCCACAUCCCCUUAUGGGACAAGCGGUACAAAAUGGAUUUUAGGGCCCCUGCAUCAUGCAUACAGGUGGCAUCAAAGCAAUCUCAUAAAAACACUCCUAGAAUCAAUGUCUUCUUUUACACAUUUGGCUGAUACAAAUUAGAAAAAUAGUCAUAAAUGUAUCAAAACAACUGAUUAGAAAAAAGUUAAGCAAAUCACAAGAUGUACUUAUUUAUCCAAAUCUAUUCCCAACAUGUACUUUCCAUGUCCACAUUGAAAUAUUCAUUUAGAAUUUGGUUUAGUUCCUGUGUUAAGAAAAGAAAGGAACAUGUAGUCGGAAAAGAAUAAUAGGUGUAAAACCAAAUAACACUAAGGAAAAUGAGGGGAUAUUAUGUCAAGUCCAAAACACAAACCACUGAUUAGAAUAGUAAAGAAAUAAUGAUUAAUAAAUAGGAAAUACAUAUUUUACCAUAAGAGGAUAUAAGUCAAAAACAGUGAGUUAAAAAAAAAAAAAAAGACUGAAAGUGUGUCACGUUAAGCUUGUGCCUUUCAGUCAAAUUUACAGUUGAGGCCUCCCGUCCUCCUCGGGAAAAUUAUUAUUUUGUCGACUUUUCUGCUGAGCCGACACUUUGUUUACUCUCACGACGCAACAUGAACUAAAAACCAGUUUAUUGAUGAAAUAGCUGGAGUUAGCCAAGCAGUGUUUUUCCUAAUGUUUCCCAAGUUCUGCGCUUGCUGAAUAUCAUGGACUUCAUGGGACUGAAAUGCGUACAAAUGUUUCAUUUCAAAAAUCAUUUUUUUAUCCUCAGCAUUUUUUAGGACCUGUGCUUUGUCUCACUCUUUUCCGUCAGUCAUUUCUGGAACAAUCCCUGCUUUUCCUCUCCCAAGUAAUCAGAUAUAUUAGUUUUACUAAAAAAACAAAAACAAAGGGGUUAUCUUCUCACAACUACUACAUCGUCUUUUAAUGAUAACUUGAAAAAAAACUAUCCUUUGUUUAACAGAUAAACAAUGACAAGGUGUCGUAUGAUCCAGGUUAAUAAUUUGACGUGCUUUUAUUAUGAAGUUUACUCUCUGGACCAGAGGUCAGCAACCUUCUUGAAAGCAAGACCUACUUCUUGGCUACUGAUUCAUGCCAAGGGCUCCCAGUUUGAUACACACUUCAAUACAUUGCCAGAAAUAGCCAAUUUUUGAACUCUGUUAUUAUUAAUAAUGAAUGAUAUUUAUCUGAAUUAUUUCUCACAAUAAAUAUAUAUAGAAACAGAUAAAUAUUUGUAUAAAUAUAUUUCGACUCUUUAAAAUUCAAAAUUCAACCGAAAAAAAGAAGAGAAAACUAGCUCAUUCGAAUCUUUUUGAAAAAAAUGUAAAAAAUAAUUUAUGGCACGUCAUUAGUCAUUUUUCCUGAUUAAGAUUCAUUUUAGAAUUUGGAUGACAUGUUUUAAAUAAGUUAAAAUCCAAUCUGCACUUUGUUAGAAUAUAUAACAAAAUGGAGCAAGUUGUAUUUCAAUCCAUCCAUUUCCUACCGCUUAUUCCCUUUGGGGUCGCUGGUGCCUAUCAGCUACAAUCGGACGGAAGGCGGCGUACACCCUGGACAUGUCGCCACCUCAUCGCAGGCUGUAUUUCUAACAAGGACAAACACAUUUUUUUAAAUUAUAAUCAUAAGUUUGAAGAAAUAUUUCACAAAUAUUCUUUGUCGAAAAAAACAGAAGCUAAAAUGAAGAAUUAAAUUAAAAUGUAUUUAUUAUUCUUUACAAUAAAAAAAAAGUACUUGAACAUUGAUUUAAAUUGUCAGUAAAGAAGAGGAAGGAAUUUAAAAGGUAAAAAUGUAUAUGUGUUUUAAAAUCAUUUUUAAGGUUGUAUUUUUUUUCUAAAAUUGUUUUUCUGAAAGUUAUAAGAAGCAAAGUAAAAAAAAUGAAUUUAUUUAAACAAGUGAAGACCAAGUCUUUAGAAUAUUUUCAAAUUCUAUUUGAGUUUUGUCUCUCUUAGAAUUAAAAAUGUCGAGCAAAGCGAGACCAGCUUGCUAGUAAAUAAAUACCAUUUAAAAAUAGAGGCAGCUCACUGGUAAGUGCUGCUAUUUGAGCUAUUUUUAGAACAGGCCAGCGGGCGACUCAUCUGGUCCUUACGGGCGACUCAUCUGGUCCUUACGGGCGACCUGGUCUUGGUGACCCCUGGUCUCGAGGCAGAAAAUGAGGGCACAUUGAAGGCAGCCUGAUCUUGAGGAUCCAUUCAUCCGUUCCAAAAACUCACUUGUUUGAAUAAUUCUAUGUUUUUUUUUUUUUUUUUGAAGUAACUUGCUUUCAUCAAGGAAAGAAAGCGUUGUAUCAGUUUUUAGAUUAGGAUCAGAAUCCUUCACAUUGUCACAUCCCACACUGUUGGUGAGCAUUAUUCUGAAACAUUGAUAAUCAUUUCAUUUGGCUUAUCUUUUUAUUGCAAACACUCCAUGGGGUGGUGCCUUAUCCUGUAUGCCGUCCGAUACGCAUUGGCAGGUAGAUGACCACAGUGCAACUGACAUUUACUAACCCCUCUAUUUGACACAUUUUUGCCGGAGUAGGACCCCCAACGCAGAGAAGAAAUGGUAAGAAUGAUAACAAAAAGGAGUGAGGGGAAGUAACUAAGGAUGCACACAAAAGGUGUGGGCAAAAAAACAGUUGACACUACACGGCAGCGCCGGAUCGGAGCCACAAGGACCAGAGGAGAUGAACACAACUGGAAGGGUGAACCAUCAGGGAUCUUCUGGUGCCGUGUGAAUGGACUGGAGAGCUUAAGACAGGCCCAUUCAUCCAGCAACCGAGGGGCCACAUCCGCCCUACCAAAUCUUUUCAGAACAUCGCCCAAAUAGGGUUGAUGAAACCAUUGAAACUAGGGUUGAUGAAACCAUUGAAAGUAGGGUUGAUCAUGUAUGCAGUACUCCCGCCAACCUGCAGGGGGCAACAGCGAGGCACAGUGAAGAAGCAUUCAUUCAAUGUUCUUCCUCGAGCAAGAGCUUGAGUCCUUGUUUCCUUGCGGACCUUUUGAGCGACGGACACAGUGUUCCAGGCAAGCAACAACGGUAGAAAUCCCCAUAGACAUCUUAGAAUUAGACGCAGCAUUGACUGCUGGGACGCGAGAAAUUUGGCCGCCAUCUUGAAGUGGUGAGCAGCCUAAACGGCCAGUUGACAGGUACACAGGUGUUCAGCCUUUUCCUGCUCAAAUGAGCAGAUUGUUGGAAAUAGGAAUCGGGGGACUACUUUUCACAAGUAAGAUUUAACAUGAAACAUUUGGUUGUAUUUUGUGAAAAGAAUAUUACCAUAGAGCUGAGAAGUAUACACACAAUAUACAUAUAUUGUAUAAAGAAGUAUAUAUUCAAUAUACAUAUAUUGUAUAAAGAAGUAUAUAUUCAAUAUACAUAUAUUGUAUAAAGAAGUAUAUAUUCAAUAUACAUAUAUUGUAUAAAGAAGUAUAUAUUCAAUAUACAUAUAUUGUAUAAAGAAGUAUAUAUUCAAUAUACAUAUAUUGUAUAAAGCUCCCUGCAAACCAUCAUGCCUUCAGUGUGCAUAUUGUAGAAAGUUUUCUGCAAACCUAUGUAAUGUUUUAUUUUUUGAGAAUGCCCCAGAAUGCUUCAUUUGUAUGUGAAAAUCACAAAGAAACACACAUAUAUUCCACUUCUCUGGGAAUAUAUUCCCACUUUUGAUCUCGGACGUCUGUUUUUUUAUAGCAUAAAAGAAUAUUCUAUUACUGUUGAGCAAAAUAUAAAUAAUAAAACAGGCCGAAACAUGUGUCCUUCAUCAUAGCCACA